CCCAUGCAGCAGAAUCACAAUUCACACCCCAUUGAUGACAAUACAAUGCAGCCUCCCAAUCUUUCCUCAUCAACAAUGGUCAUUACAACCCGGGCUUUCAGAUACCUGGGCCCCACAUCCAUGUGCAUACCCAAAGAAGAAGAUGAAGAAUAGCUACACUGACACUAACACUAACACCAACACCCACCACGUAAAGCCUCAAGCUUUGGCCAUUUUCCUUUAUGGGUUCUUCUCUAUGACCCUCUUCGCCACUUCACAAGACGACGCUGCUGUAAUGCAAGCUCUCAAAAACAGCCUCAACCCACCCGACUCACUCGGGUGGUCCGACCCGGAUUGUUGUAGAUGGAAUCACGUGACUUGCUCUGAUGACAAACGGGUCACGCGGAUCCAAAUCGGGCGGCAGAACCUGCAAGGCACGCUUCCUCCAACGCUUCAGAACUUGACCCAGUUACAACACUUGGAGCUCCAGUACAACAACAUUUCGGGUCCUCUUCCUUCUCUAAACGGGCUAACGAAUCUUCAAGUUUUCAUGGCCAGUAACAACCGUUUCUCCGCCGUCCCCGGCGACUUCUUCGCCGGCAUGUCGCAACUUCAAGCGGUGGAGAUCGACGACAACCCUUUUGAGCCUUGGGAGAUUCCUCAGAGUCUUAAAAGCGCUUCUGCACUUCAGAACUUUUCAGCUAACUCGGCUAAUAUCAGAGGAAAGGUUCCAGAUUUUUUUGGUUCUGAUGUGUUCCCUGGCUUGACCCUUUUGCAUUUGGCCUUCAAUGACCUUGAGGGAGGGUUACCCUUGAGUUUGUCUGGGUCUCAGAUUGAGUCUCUGUGGUUGAAUGGACAGAAGAGUGAGAACAAGCUUGGUGGAACCGUUGAGGUUUUGCAGAACAUGACUUUCUUGACGCAGGUUUGGUUGCAUUCCAAUGCUUUCACUGGUCCUUUGCUUGAUUUUUCUGGGUUGAAGAGUUUAGAGGAUUUGAGUUUGAGGGAUAACAGGUUUACUGGUCCUGUUCCGGAUUCUUUGGUUGGUCUUAAGUCGCUUAAAGUUGUGAACUUGACAAAUAACUUGUUUCAGGGUCCAAUGCCUGUGUUUGGUGAUGGGGUUAAGGUGGAUAAUGAUAAGGAUUCCAAUAGUUUUUGCUUGCCGGGUCCUGGUGAUUGUGAUCCUAGGGUGGAUGUUCUUCUUUCUGUUGUGAAGGAUAUGGGUUAUCCUCAGAGGUUUGGUGAGAGUUGGAAAGGGAAUGAUCCUUGUGUUAAUUGGAUUGGGAUUACUUGUAGUGAUGGGAACAUUACUGUUGUUAAUUUUCAGAAGAUGGGUCUUACUGGUGUGAUAUCCCCAGAAUUUGCUAAGCUUAAGUCAUUGCAAAGAUUAGUGCUUGCUGAUAACAAUCUCACUGGUUUGAUUCCGGAGGAGCUUACUACUUUGCCUGUGCUAGCUCAAUUGAAUGUUGCAAACAACCAGCUUUAUGGAAAGGUGCCAAAAUUUAGGAGCAGUGUGGUUUUGACCACGAGGGGUAACGUUGAUAUAGGGAAGGAUAAAAGCAGCCAUUCCCCUCAGGAUCCGGUUUCUCCCGGAGGUCCCAAUGUGAAUGGAGAAAGUGGAGGGAGUUCUGGAAAUGGUGGCAAAAAGUCUUCUUCCCAUGUGGGAGUAAUUGUCUUUUCUGUGGUUGGGGCUGUGUUUGUGGUUUCGUUGAUUGGUUUCUUAGUUUUCUGCUUGUUUAGGAUGAAGCAAAAACGAUUAACCAGGGUCCAGAGCCCAAAUGCAUUAGUUAUUCAUCCCAGGCAUUCUGGAUCAGAUAAUGAAAGUGUGAAGAUAACGGUUGCAGGUUCAAGUGUCAGUGUUGGGGGUGCUAGUGAAACCCGAACUGUAACUGGCAGUGAGGCCGGAGAUAUUCAGAUGGUUGAAGCAGGAAACAUGGUCAUUUCUAUACAAGUCUUGAAGAAUGUCACUGACAAUUUCAGUGAGAAAAAUAUAUUGGGGCAAGGAGGUUUUGGAACAGUUUAUAAAGGUGAACUCCAUGAUGGUACAAGAAUUGCUGUGAAGAGAAUGGAGUCUGGGGCAAUAACUGGGAAGGGUGCAGCAGAAUUCAAGUCUGAAAUUGCUGUUUUGACGAAGGUUCGCCACCGGCAUCUUGUUGCACUUCUUGGUUACUGCUUGGAUGGGAAUGAGAAGCUUCUUGUGUACGAGUACAUGCCUCAGGGAACGCUAAGUAAGCAUCUGUUCAACUGGCCAGAGGAAGGGUUGGAACCACUGGAAUGGAAUAGAAGAUUGACCAUUGCCUUAGAUGUGGCAAGGGGUGUUGAGUACCUCCAUGGCUUGGCCCAUCAAAGCUUCAUACACAGGGAUUUAAAACCUUCAAAUAUUCUCCUUGGAGAUGAUAUGAGGGCAAAAGUUGCAGAUUUUGGUCUAGUGCGUCUUGCUCCAGAGGGAAAAGCCUCUAUAGAAACAAGAAUUGCAGGAACUUUCGGCUAUUUGGCACCGGAGUAUGCAGUUACCGGCCGUGUGACAACUAAAGUUGACGUGUUCAGCUUUGGCGUAAUAUUGAUGGAGCUGAUGACUGGAAGAAGAGCGCUUGAUGAAACCCAACCUGAGGAUAGCAUGCACCUUGUAACAUGGUUCCGCAGAAUGUCCAUAAAUAAGGACUCAUUCCGCAAAGCCAUUGACCCGACAAUUGAGCUCAACGAGGAAACUCUUGCGAGUAUUCACACUGUAGCAGAGUUAGCUGGCCACUGCUGUGCAAGGGAGCCAUACCAAAGGCCUGACAUGGGUCAUGCUGUUAAUGUGCUUUCAUCUCUUGUAGAACUUUGGAAACCAUCUGAUCAGAGUUCUGAAGAUAUAUAUGGUAUUGACCUGGACAUGUCCUUGCCGCAAGCUCUUAAGAAGUGGCAAGCUUACGAAGGUAGAAGCCAAAUGGAGUCUUCUUCUUCUUCUUCUCUUCUUCCAAGCUUGGAUAACACACAAACAAGUAUACCUACACGCCCAUAUGGAUUUGCUGAGUCUUUCACAUCAGCAGAUGGUAGGUGAUCAUGCUUGGUUGUAAAUAAUUGUAAUUUGUAAGGUGUUUCUUUAGUGUGUAUGUUUAUUCUCCUUGAUUCUUGCUGGCUUUUCUUUUGUGAACUUGUUUAUCUUUUCCCCUGGUGUAGUUCUCCAUGAUUAUUUUUUCCACUCUUUUUGGCACUUGUUAAGGACUUUUCCUGGCGGUUCUCAGUAGAGGGUUUAUUUUUCAUCUCACAUUCAUGUUUUUCAUCCUUUCAGUUAACAUUGAGAUGUGUAAAUCAAAUAGCACUAUUGAGCACCCCCUUAUAGCUUUAGCUUAUAGUUUGAUUAGUUCAUGUAUUGUAGAUUGGUUGCAAGUUGUAUUGUGUGCAUGUGGAUGAUGAAUGACACAUGGGGAUCAACCCACAACUGGCAUCAUUUUGAAAAUCUGCAAC